UCUUUACGGUCUUCUGGCAGAAUGGUAAAUAAACCUGGAGAUUUGAAUGUAGGAGCUAGGAUUGAAAGACGAGGGUUGGACCUUAGCACCAAUAAAACUGGAAGAAGUGUUUGUCAUAUAAUAGCCAGAGGAUCAAACAACAUUUCGGAGAAAAGAAGAAAAUCUGGUGGUGAGCUUGUGGAAUAUGAAGACGAGUACAAUGAUGUUGCUCUCCCUGAUGGCUUUCUGAAAAAGUACUACAUUCAGAAGGAGAAAUUUUAUUCAGAAGAGUGCCCUCUCCAGGUGGACAGCUUGCUGGAGUUCAGCAAUGAAGAUAACGUCUCCGUUGUUUCAUCAAUUGAACUCUGUAGUGGUAUGGAUGAAAGACUGCAUGAUAGUUUUUUCAUUGAUUUGGAUUCCAAGUUUAAAAUACUUUCAGAAAUCUGCACUGUUAAAGAAAGGUAUGAUGCCUCCCACAAAAAGUCCACAGUUAGAAGUGAGGAAAGCGGUGUGGAACAGACACCAUUAGCGCCAAGUAAUCAAACAUUGCCUAGUGUUAAAGAGGAAAGGCAAACUCCUCCUCAAACUAUUUAUGAGAAUGGGUCUGUUACAGAGUAUCAUAGAGCCAUCUCCCCUACAGAUCCUGCUUCACAUACACAGAAAAAACUAAUUGUGUUAGGAGCACCUUUAUGUAUCCCUCAGGUCAUGCCCUAUACCAAUGUUCCUAUUAUUCAAGUUACUCGAUAUGUUGAGCCACAGAGUCCACUAAAUAUGUAUAUUUCAGAUUGGAGUCCAACAAUUGUUCCUGGCCAUCAUGGAGCUAUAAUGCUGGGUGAAAUUCCUCAUUCUCAGAAUAUAUUCCAUACAGAGCGUAGAGUCAACUUGAGUCCACCCAUUCGAGAUGGUGUGAUUGGGAUAGAUUCUGAUCAUUUGCGCGUGAAUGAAAUUCCCAUUGUCCGGAAUGUUGUUCUGCAGGACCAAUCUGGAGGUCACAUGCAAGGUAGCUUAACAGGAUUAAAGCAGGGCAUUUUAUGCAAACAUGAAAUUCUUGCCACUAAUAUGCAGAAAAGUUCAGAACAAAGGACCUUAAAUGUGAGUGAAACUCAACAUUUUCAGAGUGUCUCAAAGGUGGAAAAAAGAAAGCAAACAGUGAGUCAUUGUGCUGAAAACAAAGGAAAAGAUAUAUCAAACCAGCAGUUGUGUAAAGAAUAUAGUAGCCAAAGACACUGACUGCUGCAUACAGUAUGGAUGAAACUCUCAUUGAUAUGUCAUCUGAAUGAUGUUGAUUUGAUCAAAUUCACAUUGUGCUCUUAUUAUAUUUAGUCUUGCUCAUGUAAUGUAUUUUAAAGAAAAGAAGGAUCAGUUACAUAAUUGAAAUAGGCUGUAAAGAAGCCUAAGCUUCACUCUUAAACAUGUGCAUAAAUCUAAGUGUAUACACCAAUGAAAGGCAAAGUGACAGUCUGGAAAUGAAGGCACUGCAGUGAUUCUGACUAAUUCUCUAAUAGAUAGAUAGAUAGAUAGAU